CUAAUUUAUUUUUUAAAAUAACUUUUCUUUUUUCAUUUGAAAAUAUUGUCCUCAAGAUUUUUUUUCUGCUGUACAUAAAGAAGAGAAAACAAAAUAAAGAAACCUUCGAAAGCAACAAUGGCGGCUCGGCGAGUGAUGUCUCUUCUGGCUGCGAAGAUUUCGCAAAACCCUCUCUCUAGAGGUAACGCCAAGAUUUCGCAAAAUCCUCUCUCUAGAGAACUCUCCCGAAACUUCUAUCCUUCUCCAAGCUCAUUCGCCUGUAGCUAUCAACUGUGCACCAGAGACUUUAGCAUCGGCUCCAAAGCCAACACUCAACCCAUUGAAAAUCAGCCCAAACCCGAAAUUCCCAGCUUGAACACCAGUUUGUGUUCGGAAAACAACCAAACUACUCACGUAAAGCUCAACGUAAAUUCCAACCUGAAGGUAUCCGAAAGACACGAUCUUGCCAUGCUUUUCACAUGCAAAGUCUGUGAGGCACGAUCUCUCAAGACAGCUUGUCGUGAUUCGUACGAGAAAGGAGUGGUUAUUGCCAGGUGUGACGGCUGUGGCAAUUUGCACCUUAUUGCCGAUCGAUUGGGAUGGUUUGGAGAGCCUGGCAGUGUAGAGGACUUUUUGGCUGCCCGUGGGGAAGAAUUCAAGAAAGGUUCGCCUUCUACUAUGAAUAUUACGCUCGAGGAUCUUGCUGGCAAGAAAGAAACUUAAUUGUUGGAUUUUGUUAGUGUAGUAUGAACUAAGUAUAAUUUUAUAUUUGAUGAACUAGGGCCUUUGUGGUUUGCUAUGCUUGAGCUUUGUUCAACUUUUGGUUUUUCUAUGCGAAAUGGAUUUGAAACAACUUUGUUCUAUAAAUUACGCAUGUGGUGGGGAAGAAAUUGGAAUCGAGAAGGGUUCUUGUUACACUAUGAAUCUGAUACUCAAUGAAUCUUGCUGGCAAGAAAAAAACUUAUUAUUCGUAUUUGGUUAGAAGAGUUCUGCGAAGUAUAGUUUAGAUUUUAUGAACUCAGGCCUUUAUGUUUGAGUUUUGUUCAACUUUUGGUAUAUUUAUGCAAAGAUAUGCUUCUCUUUGUUUCUCUUUUGUGGAUGGUUUCCUCAAAUAGUAACUGACUAGAUCUAGUAGAAGUAUAGUUUAGAUUUUAUGAACUCAGGCCUUUAUGUUUGAGUUUUGUUCAGCUUUUGGUAUAUUUAUGCAAAGAUAUGCUUCUCUUUGUUUAUCUUUUGUGGAUGGUUUCCCCAAAUAGUAACCGACUAGAUUUAGUA